AUCCAACCAUCAUUCUUAUCCAGAGUAUCGUUCUACCUGCACAACUCACAACAAAUUCUAUCCGCCAUGAAUAUUCCCCUCGCCACCCCCGAAGUCCCACCUCAAUUCCUCAAACCCGCCUUCCUCAUCGGCCACAUCCCUCAGCGGACUUUAACCGCCGAACCCCGCGUCUCCUACGCUCUCUACAUCCCUCCUCUCCACUACAACCCCGACCCCAACCGUGCUUCCUCCGACUCCGCCGAACAAUUAUCACCAUAUAACAAACCCAAACUCCCCCUGCUAGUCAAUAUCCACGGCACCAGCCGCAACCUCUCCUCGAUCCGCACCGACCUGGCUCCCUUUGCCGACUCCACUCCCUGCGCCAUCCUCGCCCCACUCUUCCCCGCCAACAUCGACGGUCCCAAUGAUCUCGACUCCUACAAGGUGCUCCGGUCUGCGACACUACGCUCUGACCUUGCCCUGUUAGCCAUUCUCGAUGAAGUGGCCACCAUCUGGCCCGGUAUUGACACAGAGAAGAUCUUCCUGGCGGGUUUCUCGGGAGGAGGUCAAUUCGCACAUCGGUUUCUCUACAUACAUCCGGAGCGAUUAGCGGCCGUGAGUGUCGGUGCGCCUGGAAGGGUGACUAUGUUGGAUCAGGGACUGGCCUGGCCGAGUGGAAUUGCCGAUGUGGAGGGGAUCUUUGGGAGGGGGUUGAACAAAGAUUUGAUCAGACAGGUGCAGAUCCAGCUGGUCAUUGGGAGUGAGGAUACCAAGGUCCACGGCGGAAAGGAGUUCUGGGAUUGGGCGAAGAAAACGCUGGCUAAGCGAAUGGCUGCGGAAACGGUUGCCAACAAGGCGAGUGGGACGAGUGGGAUGGGGAAACGGGAGGUGGUCUUGAUGGAUCAAGGACGAUCUGAGACAUUACAGGAGUUGCAGAGUAGGUGGAAGGAGGAUGAGAUUGAGGCGACAUUGGAUGUGGUGGAUGGAGUGGCGCAUAAUUCUGCCGGAGUGCAGGAGUGUGUCCUUGGCUAUUUGAAGCCGUUGAUGCAGAGACAGUAAUGUCAGCAAUAUGGUAGUACAGAUCCAUUCAUACCCCACUCGAACCCUGCUCCAACAAUUUCGCAACACACGCGUCUAUAAAUGUAGCUUAUUCGCUCGCGUUCCUUGAGUGUUGAUGAUGUUGACUGUUUCAUAGCUAUCAGCAUGCUCUGGGAGAUGUCGGAGGUAUUAGACUGGCAUAGGACAGGGAAGCAGGCUCCGCAACUGAGCGCAAUGCACAGUACUAGCAGGCAUUAGCCAAAAGAUGCGGUUAGUUGUAAUUGAGAGACGUAUAGCCAUAGAUAGCCAUCCUAGC